AUGUCAGCAUUACCUGAAAGUUCAAAGCCUCCUACACGUGCAGAACGCAAACAUUGCUGGAAAUUACGUGACGAAUACUUUACUUGUCUCGACAAGAUCAGCAUCAUUGACCCUGCUAUUGUCGACAAGGAUCCUUCCAGAGCUGAAGGGUGUCUCGACAGCAAAAAGAAAUAUGAAGACGGGUGCAUGGCUAGCUGGGUUGAAUACUUUAACAAGCGCCGAGUAAUUGAUGUACGACAGAAGCAGUAUUUGGAGUUCUCCGAGAAGAUGUCUGGAAAAUAG